UCAGCUAAGUGGCAAAGCCCUUUCUGAAGAUUCCGUAGACUUUGAGUGCUAUUUGUAUCUGUUUCCACUGCAGACAGUCAUGUAACUUAACAGAGGGGUGCCAGUUCGGCUGAGGGUAAUUGGAUCACCCAUGGAGUUUCCUGAGACGUGCACUGCAAUAGCUGGGUGGAGAUUCAAAAAUGUGGCCUACAACUUGUCAAUAGAUCAAAGCCGUGAAGUGUUAAAGGUCAAAAACCGGAGGACUGGACAACAACUGAAUGUAUGUCAGGCAAAGUAAGUGCAGGUGAUGUUUCUUAUUUUGUACUAAUGUGACUGGCAUCAGGCCUACUAUUCAUAACUCACAUUUUAAGUUUAGUUUGCCCAGAGCUGGCACAAACAUUUUGUACAGAUUCCUUUCCAACAUCUCUUCAGAGAACAUUCUUGUAUGAACUUUUGGGGGAAGAAUGUGGUUUCAAAUAUUCAAACCAGUUUAGUUUAAACAAGGGCUGCCAUGUUGGUCAGUGAUACCAGGAGGUAAAAGGUGCCAUUAAACCUGAAUACUGCAAGUUCCAGAUAUUGUCACUCUCUCUGCAUAUAUCAGCAGAUAUCUGCUUAUGAUGCUUCUGCUUGAUUUUAAUGUGUGAAAACAUGUGUAAUGUCAGCAGGACGACUCUGACUUUUGAACAUAACAGAUCAUUCUUAAAAGAGAUCAAGCUGACCUGGUAAUCCACUACACAGAUGCAUAUUAACCAUUCCUUCAUCUAAAAGAAUGGUUGAUAAGGUGGUGUAAUGUUGGUCAGUGGUUGGUCCUAUUUUUAUACAGAUUUAGAUAUUACUGAUUUUCCAAACUGAACUACUGGAGAAGAAGAGCAGUAACCCAUAGAACGCCUCUUACCUGAAGGCUAUAUGGUCUAUCAAUGGCAACCUAGGACUAAAAACAACACACUCAGUGAUUGGAUCAUUGAUUGACGUUCUCAUUGGCUGAGCUCGGCUGCCAGUCAGAGGCUCCACUCGCUGGUUCGUUAUACCCACGACUUAACGCAGGGCGUCUAAUCUUCGCUCAGGCUACAGCCAAAGGAUUGUGUCGCAGCGUCUCCCUGCUGAGGCGCUGACAGAGCAUCUGUUGGAAUACAAGUUCACUCUGACAACCUGCUCCAUCUUUGUCCCCCCUACACCGCCCAGGAGCGACCACACGGAGCAACUGAACGUGUAAAUGGAGUUUCAAUCGCUGUCGUGACUGUUUCUCCACCGCCUCUCACCCCUGCAGAAGACUGCGUUGAAGUUGCAGCAGCAUCCACACCACCGCGGCUCUCUCCUCUCGCAGUCAUGGGAACCGUCCUCUCAAUAUCUCCGGCGACGAAGAAGGGAUCUAUUAUGGACUCCGAGGUCGCGGGAGAUGGAGGCAAAAACGACAAGAGCCUGAAGCGGCACUCGAUGUUUGUCUCUCUCUCCUGGAAGAAGCUGGUGGCCAGUUCGGCCAAGAAGAGUGCCAAGAAAGUGAACCCGAAUCCGCUGCCUGCCCCGUCCAGCCAGGUGGCUCAGCUCAACAUCGAAAACACCAGGAAGACGCACCAAACCGAAGAGAAGAAACCAAAAGUGCCCAUCCCGGUGCCGGUGCCCACGGUCCCCAAGCAAAACGGCGAUGCUGCCGUCCAAAACGGGAGGCUGUCCACGGUCCAGAAGCAACCCAGCAGCCUGUCUCUGGUGUCACCGAGGCGGAUAGUCAUCCAGGCUUCAACCGGGGAGCUGCUUCGCUGUUUGGGGGACUUCAUGUGCCGCAGGUGUUUUAAACUGAAAGAGUUAAACAGCGCGGAGGUGAUCCUCUGGUUCCGAAACAUUGACCGGACUCUUUUGAUCCAGGGCUGGCAGGACCAGGGCUUCAUCACGCCGGCCAACGUGGUGUUCGUGUACCUGCUGUGCGAAGACACGAUAGCGGACAGCGUCGACAGCCCGGCCGAGCUGCAGGGCACCUUUCAGACUUGCCUUUACCUCGCCUACUCCUACAUGGGCAACGAGAUCUCCUACCCACUCAAGCCGUUCAUGAUCGACUCGAACAAGGACGUUUUCUGGGAGACGUCGCUCCGGAUCAUCAACAGGAUGAGUGCCAAAAUGCUGCAACUGAACGCAGACCCGCACUUUUUCACCGAGGUCUUCCAGGACCUCAAAAACCAACGAGACAGCAGCGAAGCGAACCUGGACCGCUGAAACAAACAAGACACUGGUGUUUUUUUUUUAUUUAAAGAUGAAUGUUUUAUGCAAAAUCACAUAAAACAGUGGUUUUGAAUGUAAAGGCCUGUGUUGAAGGCAUCUCACGUCUGGGCUGAAUAUCUCUCUAAUGGUGUUACACAACCGGUGUUUAGGCUACAGUGUAGGAGAUUUCAUACAUGCAUGCCAAUGGUGUAUUGUCCUCUUUUGUCUUGCCCCUUGAAUGACGCGGGGAUUUGACUUCGUGGUGCAAAUCACAAUCUUAAGUCCCCGUUUCGUUCACGGUUAGCCUACUUGCGGGGGAAGUGGGUGGAUGUCGCAGUGAGGUGAGGUUAGGCAGGACCAGAAUAGAUCCGUGUUUUUGUGGAAGAGCCGGGAGGCGGAGCUGUCCGAGGUGCUGACCUGUGCGGCCAUUUCUCCUCCGCUCCCUGCUAUUUUUGAAUCACUUUGCCACAACAGAGCCAAGCGUGGCUUAAGAGGACCAGAGUCAGCCCAAUACACCUUCAGCACAUAAGCCUAAGCCUUGUAAGAGGAGGUAUAGAGUGGGCUAAAUUGUGCUUUUUUUUAAAAUUCCUUUACCUGUUGAUAGUUAAGCUGUAAGACAUGCAACAGAUAUCUUUAAGAGGACGUGUUACUUGGUUUAACUGUGGAUUUUCCUCUUAGGGUAACAGAUUUGAAAAGCUAUAGUUUCCAUCUGCAAACCUUGUCUGGGUACUGCAGAAAAGCACCAUGCUGUGUAUGGCUAUCUUCAUACCUGGGAUAUAACUAUUUUCUCAUCUACUUUUGUGUGAUUAAAAAGCACCAAUAUCUUCAUAUAAGCCACCUCACUUUGAAUUUAAAUAUCUUCUGUUUGCCUACCGACGUGAUGCUGUAGUGGUGUAUCUGUAAGUGGGCAGUUGGUUCAAGGUGAAGAUGAGGGAAAGUGGCAUAAGUGUAAAAGAGGAGGGAGUAUCUCCCCCCCCCUGGAAUGUAUAUGAUAAACUGCACUAAAUGGGCCCAUAGUUGGCCAUAUAGCAAGAUUAUCAACCCAAGACCUCUGUUGUGUAUUGGUUUCCAAUACAUUGCAGAUGAGACUGAAAGGAAUGUACAGUUUUUCAAGAGAUUUUUUUUAAAUCUCAUAUGUGCCAACUAUGAAAUAUUCUUGGCCUGAAACUAUAUGGUUUACAUGUACAUAUCCCACACUCUUUAUUUUUAUUUUUCUCUGCCUUUUUUGGAGGCGACUGUAUAUGAUGUAGGUCGAGCACAACAAACAACAACUAGAGCUUAAUGGUCAAAUCGUAUUCUUGCCCUGCUCUGUAAAUGUGCUGUGGUCCUCAGUUUGCUGGGUUCAGUUCACUUUCAGUGUAGUCAAUUCAGGAAGGAUCCUCAUAAUGUAAAUAUUGAAUGUAAUGGUGUCAUUAAUAAGUGACAGAAGAUUAUAAUUUGCACUCUCCAUUGCAGUUUCUAUAAGCUAAAAGUGAUUUGGGCAUACCUGUCAGUUGUUAUUCAGCAUUAUGCUCCUUCUAAGUGAUCAUUGUGAUGUGGUGUUGUGAACCCAUUGCUUGGAAAGUGAAAUAUAAUGCUGCUAUUUUUGCACAGCUGAGAACAAACUCUUGAUGUUUUGCACAGUGGUGUAACAUGUCAUGUACCAGUGUUUCCUGUCAGUUACUGGAGUUUUUGCCAUUAAGUUUGCAGUUAAUGUCACCAAGUCUCGCUCUAGGAUGAUCAUUUGUGAAUUAGAUCUUUGGUACAGUUAAAUUUUCCUAUAUAUCAGCCAUGGAAAGUGAUAUUUAGAUGUGUGUGUGUUGUCUGUGGUGUUGCGCCACAGUUGCAUUCACUCUCUCUACGUGUUAAUAAAAGGUCAAUGCAGUUAUUGUUUAUGGUGAUCAUGAUGAAAUAAAUCCAAACGUAUGUAGGAUCUCUUA